CACUCGUUCAAUCUUGUCGAAUCGUGUAGGAGACAUGCAUUGAAGAUCUUGGACGUUUUUCGGCCGCUGAGCUGACCAGUGACUGAAGCUUUAGUUGACAUCGAAGGCGGCGUUUUGAUAUCAGAAAUCGAAAGGCUGUUUCAGGCAUGGCUUCAUCGACAGGUAAACCAUACAAGGUUUGGAACAAGGACCGUUCUCUGAAGAAAGCAUUGACAGCCCAUUCUUUAGAAGAGGUUAUCAGUAAAGGUAAAACCAAGCUGGGUUUGAGAAGUGAAGCACCUGUCAAGCUUGUGUUGAAUGAAGAUGGUACAGAAAUUGACGAAGAAGAUUACUUUACCUUCCUACCUAACAACACAACCUUUUUGCUGAUGUCACCUGAUGACAAAUGGAGGCCAGAAGGAUGUGAAGAGGUGUCUACGGACGAGCCAGAUUAUUUGAGCCCAGACAGUGCACAGCGGGAUCGUCUUCGUCACCAGGUAGAGGGAUUACGAAGAGACAUCACCAGAAUUAUCACCUUCUCAAAUGAUGAUUUACAGAGUGUGAUUGAUAUGACCGUGGAUGAACUAUGCAGCCUGCUGCAGGACACCCGUGACUUUGCACAGUCGCUACAGUCAGCCUGUCAGCGACACCUGGAUGAGAGACAACAGACAGCCGAGGCCAUUGAUCUACUGAGACUGUACCACAAGGCUCGCCAGUUCAGUCCUUAUGUGGGUGGGGAAUCAGACACAAAGAAGCGGAAAGUCACACCUUCAACAUAGUCACACCCUCAGCUUACAAUAAUCAAGUUGAUAUCACACAUUGUUCAUAGCUUUACGUACACCAGGUCUAUUCCAAAAAGGGAAUUCUGACUUAAAAUUAAAUAUGUAAUUGAAGAACUUAAAUUUUAACCAAAUGAGUUAAAAUUAAGACCAUUUAACAAAAGGUAAAAGAAAUAUAUCAAAAUUUGAGCCCCAUGGGCCUUAAAAUACAUAAUAAUAUCAAGAUUUUAAGCUUUGACUAUAGUUAAACGAUCACUUUGUGAAUUGCGCCCCAGAAGCUGAUUUUCUUUUGCUAAACAGCCUCUUGUGUCACAUUUUUAAUUUCUUUUAUUUCCUAACGUUGGAUGUGAUUCAGGUUUAAGUGUUUACAAAUGCUUCAACUCUUACCAUUCUGGUCAAACCAGAAAUGUUAAGUGUAAUGCAGACACCGUUGCUUCCUGCAUCAGUUACAAAGAAGCUGCUUACUGAGUGGAAGAAGGACAGUACCUAUUUUCUGGCUUCUCAGCAGUAUUAUGUUAGAAUGUUUACCAUGUACUUCACCAAAAGUCUACAUGAUGUUAUAUUGUAUGUAUAUAUUCUUGGGCUUUUGGGCCAUACUUCUUGUGUGUCUUCUUGUGGCAGGGUGAAUCCGUGUCUCUGUCACAUUAUACUGACGCCAGGCCAACCAGUCGUUUCCUUGCUCAAACCCUUCAAUGCUGAGUAUUGAGAGCCAGUGGAGACAGCAGCAUGUAUCGUUUUAAAACCUUUGGUGUCACCCAACCCAGUUUUGAUCGUUGUUCUCCUGACUUCAAGACAGACACUCUAACCUUGAGGCCACCAAAGUUCUUUGUUAUAUGAUAGUAGCAGCUACACUGUGUAAGUCUGAUACAUGUUCGUGUGUUGUCAAAUGACGUUUUUCGUUUCAUGCCCUCUCAGGAUCAUCAUUCUCCCGUCUCUCACAUUUAACUUUUCAUGUAGCCUCAAAGGCAGACUCUUCCUUGAAUCCCAUCUGGCUGGUUGCAUAUAGAUACAGGUAGUUUGGUGCGUGCAUGCUGCAGAUUUUCACCUUUGACGUUGUGAAUUCUAUUCUGUCUCAUGUCCGGUUUUUAGAGUUUUCCAAUUCAAAUAAAUGUCAUAACAUUGUGAUUGCUGAGUAUAAAGUGGUUUUACAGUAGUUUUUUCUAUUGCUGUUAGAUUCGGGUUGAUUUGUCUUUGACAUAUGUGUGAUCGAACAUCAAUUCAUAAAGAAAAUUCUAAAGGCCAGCCGUAUGAUUUUGUAUGUGUGAAGCCUUCAGCAUUCCAAGGUGUGAAAGUUCAAUUCAUAAUCAUUUAAAGUUAUCAUGUACAUGGUUGUGUAUUGCGAAGAAGCACAUUUGUAGGGUUUGUUUUGGAAGGAAUAUUUGGAGUUGAGCUGGAAAAAAAAAGAUUUUAUGGCAGCAUAACUGCAACAUUGACCUGUUUAUACAUACAUAUUACUUGUAAUUGGAGAUUCACUUAAAUGGCUUGUGUAAAUCCAUGCAAGAACUCAGCUUUUUAGCUUUAAACAUGGUAAGGGGAUGUUCAGUGUGCUGACUCGCGCCAUAUUAUUAGGUUCCAGACUGCCCUUAUCCAAUGAGGUUGCGUGUGCCAAUCCAGCAGUUUUGAAGUCAGUAGGCUUAUCAUGUCCAAUGGCCAAGGUGUCUGGUUUUUGUUCAAGGUUCUAAAGAAGUAAAUAUCUGGUAUUUUAGCUGCCUGAUUCCAUACAAUCUUUAGAAUUGACCAAUAUUAUAAACAUAUUUUAUAUUACACAUUUUAUAUAUGAUUAUUUGUAUAAUAAUGUACACUUGUUCAUUGAGAAUGAGUUUUGUUACAUAUAUUCUUUUAUACUGUUAAAUGCUAGGUGCAAAUUUUUUAUGUUCUAUGUAGGUCAAGCUACAUGCUAUCUGCAGGUUUGAUUUUAAUAAACAUUCC